AUGAGUCCAUCGAAUGCAAGGUAUUUUAGUUGCAACUGUGUGAUUGACCCUCAUGUUAAAAGACAACUCAAGAUAAAUGAUAUAGCUGAGAUUAGAGCGAAUAAAAUUCACAAUGCUCAGGUGAUUGGUGCUUGGGGGCAUGAGAAAUUAUUGUUCUUGGAAUGGGAUACUAGAAAUUUGCUUGCAAAAGCUAGACAAAUGAGACUAGGUGAAGGAGAUGCCAAUGCAAUUCAUACUUAUUUCAUGAAGAUGCUAUCACAGAAUGAUGGUUUCUUCUCAUUAAUUGAUUUGGAUGAGAAAGGAAGGCUGAAAAAUGUGUUAUGGGCUGAUCUAAGGAGUCGGGCAGCUUGUUGUGAAUUUGGGAAUGUAAUUACGUUUGAUACGACAUAUUUGACAAAUAAAUAUGAUAUGCCAUUCGCUCCCUUUGUUGGUGUCAAUCACCAUGGUCAGUCAAUCUUACUUGGGUCUAGGCUAAUUUCUAAUGAAGACACAUGGCUAUUUCAUAUGGCUAUUUAG